AUUUAAUAUAAAACAUAUUGCUUCAUUAUCAAGGAAUAUAAUGAGCCUUAAAACAUACAGAUCGAGUAAUAAACAAUGAAGCUACACUCAUUUAUUUGCGCAUGGGUAACGAUAACUGGCUUUUACCGGUCGAAACUGUGGUGACUGUUACGAUACGUAUUGAAUGGAAUUUAUAGAGUAUCGGUUUUAAUUACUGAAAUUAUAAUUAAAAUUAUAAAAACCAGACACAAUAAUGUUACCUUACUUCGACGUUUAGUCUCUUUUUUCGUCUUAAUCAUAGGUAGGUACAUAUUUCUUUUUACUUAAAAAAUUUAUACAGGGUGAACUUUUAACCACCAGUCAUACUCUGCGCAGCGACUUUAUAGGUCAUACUUAACAAUUUUUACUAUGGGACCAAUUCCGAAAUCGCGAAAAAAAAUUUGACUGUCCCAUAUAAAGGUGCGACCAACUUUACCAGACCAACACUUUUCCAAACUGAGCUACAGCUGUCCGAUGAAGUUAAGUACUUAGGACUAACUCUCGACAAUAAACUCAAUUGGAACAACCACAUCAACAAACGGAUAGACAAGGCGGGAGUUGUCUUCUGGUAGUGCAGAAGGAUGAUUGGUAAGAGGUGGGGACUCAACCCGAAAAUUACCCUCUGGCUCUAUAAGACGAUAAUCCGCCCCUUACUCUGUUACGGUGCUCUGGUUUGGUGGCCAAGAACAAACCUAGGCAACGUACGAGACAAACUACAAAGACUUCAAAGGCUCGCAUGCGCGGCCACCACUGGCUGCACGAGGUCUACCCCGACUGCAGCCAUGGAGGUCAUGCUAAACCUUCCACCGCUGCACCUACACAUACAGCAAGAGGCCAGUCUCUCAGCGGUAAGGUUGCGAACCCUCAAGAUAUGGUCUAACAUCACAGGAGCUCUUCACACAAAAUGCCUGGAAAAGGUGUAUGACGAAUUUCCAGUGCUUAGGUCAGGCACGGACCGGAUUCACAAACAAGCUAUCUUCGAUAAAAGGUACAAAAUACAGUUAUAUGAGGACGACAAUCAUGAAGGACUCAAUCCCCGGGAGCUGAGAAUCUUCACUGAUGGGUCCAAAACAGACAGCGGAUCGGGCUCUGGAACCUUCUCAGAAGACCUGAACAUGUCGAUCACCACUCCGCUAGGAGCCCAUAACUCGGUAUUCCAAGCUGAGUGCAUGGGCAUCAUAAACGCGGCGGCUGCCAUCACUGCAAGGAAGGUAGUAGGAUCCUCCAUCCGCAUACUCUUCGACAGUAGAGCAGUCUUAAUGGCUCUAAAUAGCCAUAUAGUUACAUCCAAACUUAUACACGAAUGCCACGAACGACUAAUGGAGGUAUGUCAUAAUAACAAGAUCACCCUACAAUGGAUCAAGGGACACAGUGGAUCCCGAGGUAACGAUGCUGCGGACGAGCUUGCCAGGCAAGGAUCGAAUGCGGGGGCGAUUGGUCCGGAACAGAUUCUUCCGAUACCAUUUAGCAAGGUACGCUCAAUGCUGCUGGCACGUACAGGGAAACUACACACAGAACACUGGCUGAACCAGACUGGAUGCAGACAGGCAAAAGAAGCCAUGCCUGGCAUCAACGGAAAACUCACAAGGGCGCUCCUGCAACUAGGGAAGGUCCGACUGAGUAUGGUAACCAGUGUCAUAACAGGUCAUGGACUAUUUAACAAACAUCUUUUCACAACAGGUGUCACAGACAGUCCCCUGUGCCGAGGUUGCAUGGAGACAGAAGAAACAGCCUCUCACGUGGUGCUGGAAUGCAGCGGAGUGACUCCAUACAGGGCUAAACAUCUCGGAUCUCCGAGAGACCUCCCCGAGGUCCUACUCAACAUCAAAGGUUUGAUAGGAUUCCUCGAGGAGCUGGGCUGGCAGGACUAGCCCACCCCCAACAUAUCACGCAAAAUAGGCGCAAGUCGUCGAGUUGCGGAAAAAUCGCCCGAAUACAAUACAAUACAAUACAAUACAAGGUGCGACCAGACCGCAGCUUAAAAAACGGUCACGAUACGGAAUCGCAGUGACGCGUCGUAUGCGUACCGUUUUUGACGCAUGCUCCCCACACCGCUGUUUAAAAAUCGGUGACGGUACGGAAUCGCAGUGACGUGCUUCACGCGAAUCUUUUUUGUUCGCAAAACAGUUGCGUCUUUUACGUCACCGGUACGGUGUCUGCCAUAAGAUCUCCGUGUAAUAUUUUUUGCGAUUUUUACGCAGUUCAAUUUACGGUGCGUCAGCUUAUUUUAAGCAGCGGUGUGGCGAGCAUGCGUCAUGGACCCGGGUACGUCCUUAAACUACGUCCAAAAGGGAGGUAUGGGCAUUGUGAAUGUCAUCUCGCUUUGUGUGGUAGGGCACAGCCAGUGGAUGUCAUUCCAGAUCUAGAGCAGAGCCCAACUGGGGAAGUACCUCCACCUUACAGAAAACCGCAGCCAAAUAACAC